AUGAGGAUCAUCCAUCCACUCCCCAAUCGCCCGAGCAGCACCCUCCACAGCACCCUCCUUCCCAGCCAGCCCGGGCGGGUCGAUGCCGACGAAGCUGGCCCUCUCCAGCGGCCAGCCUAUGGCGACGCAGUGCCCGUCGAUCAGCCUCGGACGCUUAAACGCGUGGCUCACGAUGGUCAUGUGCCGCGGCCAGGCGCCGAAGCGCGAGAAGAAGAGCGUCAGGCUGAAGAGCACGUUGUGGUAGGAGUCAAGGGCGCGCUCCUCGAGUAUGAUCUGCCCUUCUGGGAUGGGGAAGCCCCAGUAGGCGUUCUCCCUGGCGAUGUUGGCGUAGCUUUGUGCUUCAGAGAGCUUAAUCUCUUUCCUCGUUGGGCCGCUGUGCUCGGAAGCGUACAUUACGGAGAGGGAGAGGGGGGUAUACCCGGAAUAGGCGAGGAUGGCAUCUCGACCGUGCUCGGCGAGAAGGCGAACCCCCGCUCGGGCGUGCUCGACGAAUGUUGGCGUUUCCCCACGCUGGAAAUCCGCGAUGAGCCACUCUGA